CAAUCGUACACGGCAAAAUCAAGGGCACAGACCUAACUUCUCCAAUAUUUUUGAAAACCAUAUUUGGGUUUCUAGUAUCAAACUACUGUAAAGUACAAGGCAACAACAUCUCCUAAGUUCAAAACUUUGAGGAAAGAGAACCCAAUGUUUUUCUUACCUUCACUCUCUUUUUUCUUUCUUCAUCCGACUCAGUGUUUUCUUGCAUUUCAGGUCUUACAGCAACUGGUGUGCUGCGAUGGACAGAGGGUUGCCAGUAUUACACGUUCGAGGCAAUGUACCAGAAAGGCUGAUGCUUUGACAGUUACAGCUAAAUUUGAGCUGAAACCUCCUCCAUAUCCCAUGGAUGAUUUAGAGCCGCAUAUGAGCAAGGACACAUUUGAGUAUCACCGGGGAAAGCAUCACAGGGCUUAUGUGGAUAACUUAAACAAGCAAAUUGACGGAACAGAACGAGAUGACAUGUCCUUAGAUGAUGUUGUGCUCGUUACAUACAACAAGGGUGGUCCACUUCCUGCUUUCAACAAUGCUGCACAGGCAUGGAACCAUGAAUUCUUUUUGGAAUCCAUGAAACCGGGAGGUGGAGGAAAGGCAUCAGGGGAACUUCUUCACUUGAUUGAAAGAGAUUUUGGUUCUUUUGAUAGAUUUGUGCAAGAGUUCAAGUCGGCUGCAGCUACUCAGUUUGGUUCUGGAUGGGCUUGGCUUGUUUCCACUCCAUACAAUUGAUGCUUGGGAGAAUCGACGACCUGAUUACACAUCAACUUCCAUGGAGAAGCUUGUGUUUAGUGCGAGACUUGAAGUUGCAAAGGCUCGAGCUGCCGAGAGAGAAAUAGAAGAAGCGAGAAAGAAAAAGGAGGAACUUUAUAGACAAAAAAACCUGCCGAGGUUUUCGUGGAUGGGAUAGCUGAUGAUUCUGAGACUGAUUAACUUUAGAUUGUUUUGCAGUUAAAAUAUGCAGAAAGUUUCGAGGCUCUGCACAUCCUUCAUUUUUUCUUUGAAGGUGAUAUGGAGGUCAGCUUCAGCAGGAUAGACUACAAACUUGUUCCAUGAAUAUCCAGGCAUCGGCAUGGGAAACAAGGAAGGAAGUAUAUAAUUCAAGCACUGUUAUUCAUUCUCAAGUUACGGCUCUGCUAGGCAGUUCCUAUCCAUCCAAGAACACCUACAGAGAAUGUUGAAUUCAUCAAGUAAUGCAACUUGGAGAGUCACAGAGAUGAUAUAUCUUAUCCAUCAAGUGCUACAAGAAUAAUUUUUCCAGUAAUAUCAACUUUGGGGCUCAGGACCUGGGUAACCGCCAGACCUGAGAAUCUGUGUUCAUGAUCUUUUGUUCCCCCCAUUCGAGUCAUGGAAGGGUGCUUCAACACGCGUAGAUGGUUUUGAACGCUAGAAUCGCCGUCGCCGUGGCCAAUUGCUAUCUCCUUGUGAUGCCGCCUACAGUCCACAUAUCUGAACAAUUCAACAUCGAAUAAUCAAUUCAUAUAGAAGUGCAUUAAAGGAUCUUUUUUCUGAUUGAUGGAAAAUCUAUGAAAUGAUCCUAUAAAGCACAACUUGCCUUCG